AGAUGGCGGCGCGUCCGUCGCGAGCAGCCGGGCCGGGGGGAAGCCAGCGAAGCCGAGUAAAGCCGCCGCCCGGGAGACGACUGAAGGAGCUGUUUCGGCCGUUGGCGGCGGCUCGGGCAGUUUUCGCUGCUGCUACGGCUGUUGCCAUGCGGCGAGGCUAGGGAGGAGCUCACUUCCCCGGGGUGUAAUAAUGUUAACAGAGACCAGUCUAUCCAUAUGGGGAUGGGGAAGCCUUGGCAUUGUCCUUUCUCUAAUAACCUUUGGACCCUUUGUAAUAUUUUAUUUGGCAUUUUAUAUCCUCUGCUUUGUGGGUGGGGGUUUUGUGGUUACUCUCCUGUUUGGAAAAACAAACUCAGAGAAGUACCUAGAACAGUGUGAACACUCAUUUCUUCCUCCAACAUCCACUGGGAUUCCUAAGUGCUUAGAAGAAAUGAAACGAGAAGCCAGGACUAUAAAGAUUGAUAGAAGAUUGACAGGUGCCAAUAUAAUUGAUGAACCUCUCCAGCAAGUUAUCCAGUUUUCCUUGAGGGAUUAUGUCCAGUACUGGUAUUAUACACUAAGUGAUGAUGAAUCUUUUCUUCUUGAAAUUAGGCAGACUCUUCAAAAUGCACUCAUUCAAUUUGCUACUAGGUCAAAAGAAAUAGACUGGCAACCUUAUUUUACUACACGCAUUGUAGAUGAUUUUGGCACACACCUACGAGUAUUCAGAAAGGCUCAACAGAAGAUAACAGAGAAAGAUGAUCAAGCAAAAGGUACAGCAGAAGAUCUUGUGGAUACCUUCUUUGAAGUUGAAGUUGAAAUGGAGAAGGAUGUUUGCCGUGAUCUAGUGUGCACUUCUCCCAAAGAUGAAGAAGGAUUCCUAAGGGAUCUGUGUGAGGUCUUACUAUAUUUAUUGCUACCUCCUGGAGAUUUCCAGAACAAGAUCAUGCGAUACUUUGUCAGGGAAAUCCUUGCACGAGGAGUUCUUCUUCCAUUAAUAAAUCAACUCAGUGAUCCUGAUUAUAUUAAUCAAUAUAUCAUAUGGAUGAUCCGUGAUUCUAAUUGCAACUAUGAGGCCUUUAUGAACAUUAUUAAAUUGAGUGACAAUAUUGGAGAGCUAGAAGCAGUCAGAGAUAAGGCAGUAGAAGAAUUACAGUAUCUUCGAUCUCUAGAUACGGUUGGUGAUGAUAUCAACACUAUCAAAAAUCAAAUAAAUAGCUUAUUAUUUGUAAAAAAAGUAUGUGACUCAAGAAUACAGCGGUUACAGUCAGGCAAAGAAAUAAAUACUGUGAAACUGGCAGCAAACUUUGGGAAACUUUGCACAGUCCCUUUGGACAGCAUUCUUGUAGACAAUGUUGCACUACAGUUUUUUAUGGAUUACAUGCAGCAAACUGGAGGUCAAGCACACCUCUUCUUCUGGAUGACAGUGGAAGGAUACCGAGUUACAGCCCAACAGCAACUAGAAGUUUUAUUAAGUCGUCAGAAGGAUGGAAAACAUCAAACUAACCAAACCAAAGGUCUUCUAAGAGCAGCUGCUGUUGGAAUAUAUGAACAGUAUUUAUCAGAAAAGGCAUCUCCAAGAGUUACUGUUGAUGAUUAUUUGGUAGCAAAAUUAGCAGAUACUUUGAAUCAUGAAGAUCCAACCCCUGAAAUCUUUGAUGACAUUCAAAGGAAGGUUUAUGAAUUGAUGCUACGAGAUGAAAGAUUUUAUCCUUCCUUCAGACAGAAUGCACUUUAUGUGCGCAUGUUAGCCGAGCUGGAUAUGUUAAAAGAUCCUAGUUUCAGAGGAUCAGAUGAUGGUGAUGGAGAAUCUUUUAAUGGGUCUCCUACAGGAAGCAUAAAUUUGUCGUUAGAUGACCUUUCAAAUGUAUCUUCUGAUGACUCAGUACAACUUCAUGCUUACAUUUCAGACACUGUAUAUGCUGACUAUGACCCAUAUGCUGUGGCAGGCGUUUGUAAUGAUCAUGGCAAGACGUAUGCGUUAUACGCCAUCACUGUUCACCGGCGUGGUCUUAACAGCGAGGAGAUGUGGAAAACCUAUCGCCGUUACAGCGACUUUCACGACUUCCACAUGAGGAUCACUGAACAGUUUGAAAAUCUGUCAAGCAUAUUGAAGCUUCCUGGUAAAAAGACGUUUAAUAAUAUGGAUAGAGAUUUUUUAGAAAAGAGAAAAAAGGAUCUAAAUGCAUAUUUGCAGUUACUACUAACUCCUGAAAUGAUGAAAGCAUCCCCAGCUUUGGCUCAUUAUGUGUAUGAUUUCCUUGAGAACAAAGCCUACAGUAAAGGGAAAGGGGAUUUUGCUCGCAAGAUGGACACUUUUGUAAAUCCACUUCGAAAUUCUAUGAGGAAUGUUUCAAAUGCAGUUAAAUCCCUCCCUGAUAGCUUGGCAGAGGGAAUGACUAAAAUGUCAGACAACAUGGGCAAAAUGUCAGAAAGAUUAGGCCAAGACAUAAAGCAAUCAUUUUUCAAGGUGCCUCCUUUAAUUCCUAAGACUGAUUCAGAUCCUGAACAUUGUCGGGUCUCAGCUCAACUUGAUGAUACUGUGGAUGACAAUAUUCCACUUAGAGUAAUGCUGCUUCUUAUGGAUGAAGUAUUUGACUUAAAAGAGAGGAAUCAGUGGUUGCGAAGGAAUAUCAAAAACCUACUUCAGCAGCUUAUUAGAGCCACUUAUGGUGAUACUAUUAACAGAAAAAUAGUUGACCAUGUUGAUUGGAUGACCUCACCUGAGCAAGUAGCGGACUUAGUGAAACGUUUCAGAGAUGCCUUUUGGCCAAAUGGCAUUUUAGCAGAGACUGUUCCAUGCAGAGAUAAAGCUAUUCGAAUGAGAACAAGAGUUGCAGGAAAAACUAAAUUACUUUCAAUUAUGCCAGAUGAACUGAAGCACAUUAUUGGGGCUGAGACAACACGGAAAGGUAUUCUUCGUGUUUUUGAAAUGUUUCAGCACAACCAGUUAAAUAGGAGAAUGGUUUAUGUCUUCCUGGAAGGCUUUUUGGAAACCUUAUUUCCACAGUAUAAAUUUCGUGAACUUUUCAACAAACUGCAUUCACGGUCAAAGCAGAUACAGAAAUAUAAACAGAAACUUCAGACUACUCAAGCGCCUUCUUUACAGAAAAGGUGACACUCCAAUCUAUGAAGCUGGUGU